GAGGAAGUCCCUUACCAUUUUGGCUUGGCCCUUUUCACGUUGUCCUCUUUUUUCAUUCAUUCUCUUGUACACGUGCCCUCCUUCUCUUGUGCCAUAUACUUACUGAAGAAUGGCCAGUACAGCCGAGGCUAGUAAGAAAGUGUAUUAUACGUCUGACAAGGAAGGUGAUGAUUCAACUGGCGAUGGUACUGAAUCUAAACCAUUCAAGACUGUACUCCAGGCAUUGAGAGCCAGUGGUAGUGAUGAAUCUUCAUUGAUUAUGGUCGAUGCUAAAAGUGAUGAUAAACGAUAUGAAGAAGUCUCAUUGAGUCAAUUAAAGAAGAUUAAGAAGAUAUACCAGCGUGAGCAAUACAAAGGAGCAGCCAAAGAAGAGAAAGAUAAGGAAGACAUGCUUCGUCGUGCUGAGAAUCUUGAAAAGGCAAAACAGAUCAAGUUUGAGCAGGAUCCAUCUCUACCCCCUGCUAAAACUAUAAAGAUACGUGACAGUAUAGCUAAUCGUGAGACUCGUGUUGCUAUUAAUGGAUGGAUACACAGACUGAGGAGACAAGGUACAUCAUUGAUGUUCAUUGUAUUGAGAGAUGGUACUGGUCUACUUCAAUGUGUAUUAUCUAAUGUUCUGUGUCAGUCGUAUGAAGCUCUCCUCCUCUCAACUGAAGCCACUGUUAAAGUAUAUGGUGUGAUUAAAGCACUGCCUGAAGGGAAAUCGGCUCCAGGUGGUCACGAGUUGGUGUGUGAUUAUUGGGAGGUGGUUGGGCUCUCUCCUCCAGGUGGAGCUGAUAAUCUAGUGAAUGAAGACUCACUGGUUGACGUCCAGUUAGACCAAAGACACAUGAUGCUAAGGGGAGACGUGUUGUCAAAGAUAUUCCGAGUUCGUUCAACGGUGGGAUUUUGUUUUCGUCAGCACUUCUUUGACAGAGGAUACAUUGAGGUAACUCCUCCCACUUUGGUAAAGACACAAGUUGAGGGCGGAGCCACUUUAUUUAAACUGGAUUAUUUUGGUGAUGAGGCUUAUCUAACCCAGUCUUCUCAGUUAUACCUUGAGACUUGCAUCCCAUCACUGGGUGAUGUGUUUUGUAUGGCGCAGUCUUAUCGUGCUGAACCAUCACGAACUAGAAGACACAUUGCAGAAUACACUCAUAUUGAAGCUGAGUGUCCCUUUAUUUCAUUUGAGGAUCUCUUGGACAAAGUAGAGGACCUGGUCUGUGAUGUUGCUGAGCGACUCUCCAAGUCUCCAAUAUGGGAGCUUGUACUUGAACUCAAUCCAGACAUCAAGUUGCCAAAGAAGCCGUUCAAGAGGAUGAAUUAUGCUGAUGCUAUAGUGUACCUCAAGGAGAACAACAUUACUAAAGAUGAUGGCACCUUUUAUGAGUUUGGAGAGGAUAUUCCGGAAGCUCCUGAGAGAAAGAUGACCGAUAAAAUUAAUGAGCCUAUUCUUCUCUGCCGUUUUCCUGCUGAGAUCAAAUCAUUUUACAUGCCGAGAUGUCCGGAAGACAAGAGGCUCACGGAAUCAGUUGAUCUGUUGGUUCCAGGUGUGGGGGAGAUUGUUGGUGGCUCAAUGAGGAUAUGGAAUGAGGAGGAAUUAUUGAGCGGAUUCAAGAGAGAAGGGAUUGAUCCAGCACCAUAUUACUGGUACACUGAUCAGCGUAAGUAUGGUUCUUGUCCUCAUGGUGGAUAUGGCCUUGGAAUGGAACGAUACUUGGUUUGGCUCUUAGGACGUAAUCAUAUUCGUGACGUCACUCUCUACCCACGCUAUAUUGAGCGAUGCAAGCCAUGAACACAUUGAAUGAAAGAGAUAGGGAGAAACACAAUAAAAUUAAGAGGGACUUUUCAAUUUGCCUUUUUGCUGAGAAAUAAUUAUUGCAUUAAUAAAAUUUUAUAAUAAUUGGCAUGUUAUUGUCGGUAAUA